AUGAAGAAAUGCAUACCAACGAAGCGAAGCCUCGGCAAAUUCUUUUCCUACACUCGACUCCUCUUCUCGCUUGACUAUACCCGAACCGACGUUCUUCUCAUCGUCACCGGUGUCUUUUUCUCCAUCGCCGCCGGAAUCCCAUUCCCCCUACUGGGUAUCGUUUUCGGCGAGUUGAUAAACGAUCUCAAUACAGCAACAUGCUCUCCAUCCGAUGAUACAAACGCCGGCGUAACGAAUGGAGUCCGCACAAAAGUUCUAUACGUCAUAUACAUCACCAUUGCCAAUUUCUGCUUCAUAUACAUUCAUUGCAGCUGCUGGAGUCUGAUCAGUGAGCGCAUAGCCCGCCGGUAUCGCCGCCGCUACUUUGAGAGCGUCAUCCGGCAGGAAACAGGAUAUAUUGAAAGUCUACCCGCUGGCGAUGUCGUCUCGAGACUGGUGGGAGAUAUUGAGGUCGUGCAGUCUGGCACUUCAGAGAAAGUGGGACUGGUCAUUUCUACCGUUUCGUAUUUCGUGACUUCGUAUGUUGUUGCGUUCAUCAAGGUUCCUCAGAUUGCAGGAAUGCUGGUAUCUGUUGUGCCAUGCUAUUUCCUCAUGACCUUUGUUGGUGGUUACUAUAUCAGGAAAUACGCAGGACGCAUUUCCAAGCACUCGGAUGCUGCUACCUCGAUUGCAUCGUCAAGUCUGUCUCACUUGAUGUUGGUGCAUGCCUUCAACGCCCACGACCGGUUGGAAAAGUUGUUUGCAAAUCACAUAUCCGCCUCCCGCAUGGAUGCUCUCAAAAAGGCGGCGACUCAUGCCGGCCAAUUGGGAUUCCUGUAUUUUGUCGCAUACAGUGCAAAUGCACUGGCCUUUUGGGAGGGAGCUCGAUUGAUAGCCGAUUCGGUCGAGGCCGGUGGCACCGGUGUAUCAGUUGGAGCUGUAUAUACUGUGAUCUUUGUCCUGAUCGAUGCAUCGUUCAUUCUGAGCCAGGUCGCACCAUUUGUUCAUGUGUUUGCCUCUGCUGCAGGCGCGGCUGACAGGCUUUUGGAAGUCAUUCAUCGCAAGUCCAACAUUGAUGGUACUUCUGAUUUCGGCAAUAUGUCUGCACCAUUUGACUCCGAGGAUAUCACCUUCCGAGAUGUACAUUUCACGUACCCAUCGCGCCCAGAUGUGCCGGUUUUACAAGGAGUAGACUUUUCUGUUCCUCCCCGAAAACACACGGCGAUUGUGGGACCAUCUGGCGGAGGCAAGUCGACUAUCGUGGCCUUGUUAGAGCGAUUUUAUAACCCAAUCUCCGGUGAGAUCUGCAUCGGCAACCAGGGCUUCCACGAACUGAACGUCAGAUAUCUGCGUGGAAAUAUCGGCUUCGUGCAACAAGAACCAUCACUGCUUGACCGUUCAAUUUUGGAGAACAUCGCAUAUGGUCUACUUACUUCGGUUAUCGAGCGCCACAAACCACUAGCUCCUUUUAUUUUCGAUUCCAGUCUUCCUGACCUGGUUGCUGAAUUGCGUACCGGUGUCUCCGAGAAGAAAGCCCUAGAAGGGCACGAUCCGAAGGUAGCUGAGAUCAUGAGCUUGGUAAGACAGGCCGCUGCCAGCUCCAAUGCUUUGAACUUCAUCGAUGCCUUGCCACAUGGAUUUGCGACGAGUGCAGGCUCAUCUGGGAAUAUGUUAAGUGGCGGGCAAAAGCAGCGUAUUGCACUGGCGCGAGCCUUGGUACGGGAACCAUCAUUGCUGAUUCUCGACGAAGCAACUGCAGCACUUGAUUCGACUAGCGAGAGGUUGAUUCAAGAAGCUUUAGCCAAGGUUUCCGAACGUGUCACUACCAUUUCUAUUGCUCAUCGCCUUGCGACUGCAAAAGACGCACACAAAAUUGUUGUUAUUAGGCAGGGCCGCGUUGCUGAAGAGGGAUCUCAUGCAGCGCUGGUUGCUCUUGGUGGUUCUUAUGCUGAAAUGGUGCGCUUGCAGAAUCUUGGGAAGUUGAAAACAGACUUGAGUCAGGAUCCUAUUCGGCAAACUCGCGACACGGCCAUCAUUGCUGAGUUGCCUGUUGAUAACAAGGAGGCUUUGCUGGACGCUCUUAGUGUCGACGUUGCUGAUGAAAGUUUACCGGCAUAUCAAGUCAAGAAAGAAACCCAAAAAGAACAGAAGAAACGCGAAAAGAAGGAAUUGAAGGCCAAAAACAAGAACAAGCGCUCAGGAUGGUUCACCACCAAAUUCACCUUUUCGUUUUUGCGUCCAAACAUACACUUCAUUUUCAUUGGCUUCGCCAUGUCGGUUGUGAUCGGUGGAAGUUAUUCAGCCGAGGCUGUCAUUUUCGGCCAUACCGUCGGUGCAUUGAGUCCCUGUGAUGGCGCCGAAGGGAUUCGAUCAAGCGGUAAUCUAUAUGGUCUGCUAUUCUUCAUCAUGGCAUUGGUCGAGUUGCUGGCAAAUGUCGUUAGCGGUUGCGCUUAUGGCUGGGCUGCGGAUAAAAUCCUGUACCGCAUUCGCGUGCUGUCUCUGCGAUCACUGCUGAACCAGACAGUCAAGUGGCAUGGGGAUGAUGAUCGCUCACCAAGCACUCUCCUCACAUAUAUCACCGGUGAUGCUACUGCACUGAGCAGUAUCACGGGCACGACAAUCGGUUUGCUGUUAGCCACUGCCGUGAAUCUAGUCGCAGGACUGGUGAUUUCGUUCGCCAUAGCGUGGAAAAUCACGAUCGUCCUCCUACCUACCAUUCCAGUGCUGUUGAUUGCGGGUAUGAUGAAACUGCGCACGCAGGCGCAAUUCGCAGAACGACAUCAGAAGGCAUUCGCAAAAGCGACAGCCAUUACCGUGGAGGCAGUCAACAAUAUCCGUGCGGUUUCAGCCUUCUCCCUCGAGAGACAGUCAUAUGCGGUAUACGAGCGAGCACUGAAGGCGCCAUAUCGUGAGACUUUGAAAUCCAUUGCAUUUGGCAACGUCUUUCUUGCUAUGGCUUUCAGCAUCAGCAACCUGGUAUAUGCCUUAGCGUACUGGUGGGGAACUCGACAAAUCGUGGCUGGGCUUUACUCACAGACUCAAUUCUUCAUUGUGCUGCCAGCGCUGCUGUUCAGCACGCAAUCCUGUGGGCAGAUGUUUGCUCUUGCACCCGAUAUCUCCAAGGCAGGGCUGGCAGCAUCCAAUAUUGCAGAACUGCUCACAACCCGCUCGAGCGACGAGGAGCUCAAUCUUGAUGUCAAAAGCCAUAGUUAUGACACUCAUCUGCUGGAAGAGAAGAUCCAGGACCCGGAAGCCGCACACCCUGAGCAGCAGCCUUCAAACUCCACGGAAGAGCCGCCCCCAAUGAGCGGCAUUGGCGCUGAGCUUCAAAAUGUCCACUUCGAGUAUCCUUCCCGUCCUGGUCAUCCCGUUCUCCGUGGUCUGAGCCUGAAGAUCCAACCGGGCCAUUUCUGUGCCCUGGUGGGACCCAGCGGAUCAGGCAAGUCCACAACUUUCGCGAUGCUGGAGCGCUUCUAUCGUCCGGAAUCUGGAAGUGUUCUGAUAGAUAACGUCAACAUAACCCGACAGCAGGGGACUGUCUUCCGAGACGAAAUCGCUCUCGUACCGCAAGAAAACGUAAUGUUCGAAGGGACAGUUGCUUUCAACAUCGCUCUCGGUGGAAGACCGGGUCAUGAACCCUCCCAACAGGAAAUAGAAGAAGCGUGUAUCAUGGCGAACGUUCAUGAAGUCAUCAUGGCCCUGCCGGGUGGGUACCAGACACAGUGCAGCCAAGACGGCAAGCAAUUCUCUGGUGGGCAGAGACAGCGUCUUUCCAUUGCAAGAGCUCUGGUCAGAAGGCCUCGAUUGUUAUUGCUCGACGAGUCGACGAGUGCGUUGGAUGUGGAAUCCGAGAAAAAGAUUCAGGAUGCGCUCGCGACUCUGUCGGGAAGAACCACGAUUGUUGCGAUUGCGCAUCGACUGAAUACCAUCCACAAGGCGGACUGUAUUUAUCUCAUCGAGGAUGGGAAGUGCGUGGAACAGGGGACUCAUGAUGAGCUGGUUCAGGCCAGUGAGACGUAUCGGACUAGUGUGAUUCAUCAAUCGUUAGAGACAUGA